CUGCUAAUGCGAUAGGGAAGAAAGAGAAUUGAAAGAGCUUGGCAAAUCGACCAUGGAUAUCCUGAAACAAGAGAUGAUGAAGAAGAGAAAGAGCUUGGCCGAAGACGUCGGUGGAAGGAAGAUAUUCAAGCGCUCCGAAAUCGAACAGAAACGGAUCCAGAAGAUUCGAGAGGAAGAGAAGCGUGAGAUGGAAGCCAAAUCCCUUAAGCAGCAACAGCAGCGGCAACAGACCGACCAACGCAACGGAUUUUCUUCUGACUCUUCUUCAAACCCUAAUUCCAAGAUCGAAACCUCCAAUUCGAAGCCCGAUUCUGUGAUGAGCGCUUCCUCUUCCAAAACCCUAGCCGACGAACAAAAAAUUGACGAUCUUAACCUUCCGAGGCAAGACGUAAUACGCCGCCUGCGGUUGCUGAAACUUCCGAUAACGCUCUUUGGAGAAGAUGAUGACGCGAGGCUCGAUCGGCUCAAGUAUGUGUUGAAAAACGGUCUUUUUGAGAUUGAUGACAGCGACAUGACGGAGGGUCAGACUAAUGACUUCCUUCGAGAUAUUGUUGAGUUGAAGAACCGACAGAAAUCUGGAAUUUCAACUGAUAGGAAGAGGAAGGCAACAAAGGAGGAUAGAUCCGAGGACAAGGAAAUGGACGGUGGCGAUGGGAACUUGAGUGGAGAUGCUGGUUCCUCAGGUGCUGAUCACGACCAGGAUUUGAAGCGAAUGAAGACGAAUUUUGAGGAAUUAUGUGACCUAGACAAAAUCCUCGUCUUCUUCAAGAGGCUAUUGAAUGAGUGGAAGCAGGAGCUUGAUGAGAUGGGCGAGACAGAGAAGAGGACAGCCAAAGGGAAAUCGAUUGUUGCCACAUUCAAGCAGUGUGCUAGGUAUUUGCAUCCCCUGUUCAAAUUCUGCAGGAAGAAGAUUCUUCCAGAAGAUAUUCGUCGGGCAUUGAUAGUGGUGGUAAAAUGCUGCAUGAAAAGAGAUUACCUGGCUGCAAUGGAUCAAUACAUAAAAAUGGCGAUUGGAAAUGCACCUUGGCCAAUUGGAGUGACUAUGGUUGGUAUUCACGAACGUUCAGCCCGCGAGAAGAUUUACACAAAUAGUGUUGCCCAUAUCAUGAACGAUGAAACAACUCGUAAGUACCUGCAAUCUGUUAAGAGAUUGAUGACUUUCUGCCAGAGGAAGUAUCCUGCACUUCCAUCGAAAGCAGUUGAGUUCAAUAGCUUAGCAAAUGGUAGUGACUUGCAAUCCUUGUUAGCAGAAGAGACAGCUCGUGAAUCUGGCUAUCAUGGUCAUGGUUCAGAGGAAAUGCUUAGACUGAUGCCUGCCCCAAAAGGAUGACCCUACAGGAGAGGUACCAUUUCUUUCCAACAUUAUAGUAGAAGAAGAACAAACACUAUGCUUCUUGUCUCUUCAGUGAUAAAUUCUAAGAGUGGCAAAUGCAAACUACACCUUAACUUCUUUUAUGUUGUUGUGGAUGUUACAUUGCUGACAGCUUUUCAGUUGUGUAAUUGUAACAUUAAGACUAGUUAUUCAACACCAUCUAUCUGUCAUUUUUAUUUUUGUCAAACA